CCUUUUUCAGAAAAGGCCAAGAAGAGCUGCUGUCAAAGAUAAAAAGGAAAGUUCCUCUGAUAACCUGAGAAGGAAGCUAGAUUAAAAURAGUUCUAUUCAUUCUUUUUUUCUCUUCUUCCACACUACUUUUCUUCAGUGUUCUCGACUUGUUUGUUACAAGUUUACCCCAUAUAGAAAAUGGUAAUAGCGACCCAGAGGAGGUCCACAAGAUGUUARCGAUUAUUCAUCAGAUGCAAGGAAAACAGGAUGUAAUAGAUUCUGCACUUGAAUCACUAAAAAGGCCCCUUAAGAUAGAUAGCCCAGGAGACUACAAUCAACAGUGUGAUCAAGAACUAGUUGAGGAGGGCCAGACCUCAGAAGAUCAGUGCAACAGGACGGGAAGCAGAAGCAAGUGCGGAGCUGCCAUGAGUGGCUUUGAAGGAGCUCAGCUAAGAGUUCAAGUAGACGCAUUGCAGAUGUGGGCAAGACUGGCUGACAACAGCUGCUCAAAGAACUUCUGUGUYGCUGGCCCAAGCCUGGACUCUCUCAAGAAAGAGGCGAGCGGAGCUGAUGCUGCUUCUGGCUUCUCCUGGACCAGCCAGCCGGACACCAAGCUGGAUCCCUCUGACACCUCAGCUAGUGUUGUGUCCAGGCUUGGAUCCUCUUCGUCACAGUGCUCGGAAAAAAUACAUUCAUCGGACACAGACUGGAUACUUGAAUAUUGCAGUAGAAGUUGUGAAGAUCAAGAACAUCUAGAAUCUGAACAAGCAACAGACUGCAGUGGAUUAGACACAGAAGCAGAAGACUAUAGUUCUGCCUGUUCCGAUUCAGGACAUCUUGAGAAGAAAAGUGAAUCACUCUGGAAUCCAGAAAACUGAGCAGCACUUCAGUCAGAAAUGUGACGACAGCAUGAGCCUAACUAAGAGAGUAUUGGCUUUGGAAGAAAAGUCUCUUCGGAAGCUCUCUGAAAUUUUAUCCACCUUGUCUGCUCUGGCCAGUUACGUCAUGAACACAGAGAAAUCUCAAAGGCUGUCCCAAGUUCAAGGGGAAUGAACUGACAGCUAAGCCUCUUAGGGACAAAUUAAGGCGAUCUUGACAUGUGCAGAGUUUGGACUCCUAGAAAGGAUCGGUCUUUUAGAUAUUUGAACUCAACACUUUUUUUUUUUUUUGGUAGCAGAUAUGUUUCAAACUUAAAUGAAGUGCUGUGUACAGCAUUUGUUACCAUAAACAUUCCAGGACGUUUUACCUGUAGUCCUCUGUGGUUGUUCCAGAGGCAGUAUACAGACUCAGUGACUGACUAGUCUUUUGCCUGCAUAGUGAUUGAUCUAGACAAAUCAAUAAAGACAGCUGGAUUGAA